CAUGGCGGCGGCGCGGCGGGGAAAGCGCUCCGCUGGGAAACACUGAGCCUCACCGCUGCUGCCUGCGCGCUGCGCUCGGUGAUGUUCCUCCAUCCUGAGACUUGGCAGGAUGGAGGCCAGGGAUGUGCCCGUCUCCAUCCCUGCUCUGGCCACGGAGCCACAGUUUGCCCAGCGCCUCAGGGAGCAUUUGGAAAGGGAGCAGCUGCUGGAUAGGCACUACCGGCUACAGAAGGUGCAGGGGGGACACGUGGCCCUGCCUGUACUGGAGGAGAAGCUCUCCCAGCUGUGGCUGCCCCAAGAGAUGCCCUGUGACCUGGUCCAGAUCCAGGACCCUGUGCCUUCCAGGGGAGUUCGCCGGCAGACACCUGCCCAGAAGCUGCGGGAGGAGCUGCGGCAGUUGCUGGGUGAGAGCUGGUCAGAGGAGCUGGAGCGCGAUGUGCCCCGUGCCUGGCAGCGGCAUGGGGACCUGGUCCUGCUGAGCGAGGACAGCUUCAGGGCUGCACAGUGGGAGAACCUGGGUAAGAGGGUGCAGGGUCUGCCUGCCCAGAUUCUGCCCACAGAGCUGCCCUGGCGUUUCCCAAAGCUCCUGGAAUGGGUGUGCUGCAGGUCCAGUGCUAUGGGAGACAGUUGCCUCAGCUUUGGGUGCCCAGCGACUGGCCAGGCAAGGACGAGUAUCGCCGGAUGGGAUGCGGUCCCCCAGUGUCAGCCUGCUGCUGGGCCAGGAUGGCUGGGUGGAGCACGUGGACAAUGGGAUCAGGUAGGCAGGGGCCAUGGUGCAGGAUGUAGCCGGUGCAGGCAAGGGGCUGCCCUCACCGGGCCGGUGAUGUUUCCCAGGUAUACAUUCGACGUGACCAAGUGUAUGUUCUCAGCGGGCAACAUCAGAGAGAAGCUGAGGGUGGCCUCGCUGCCCUGCUCCGGGGAGGUCCUGGUAGAUCUCUAUGCAGGCAUCGGCUAUUUCACACUGCCGUUCCUGGUCCACGCAGAGGCUGCCUUUGCCCACGCCUGCGAGUGGAAUGGCCACGCCGUGGAGGCCCUGCGGAGGAACUUGGCUCUGAACGGUGUGCAGGACCGCUGCCAUGUCCACCACGGGGACAGCCGGCAGUUGGAGCUGCAGGAUGUAGCGGACCGGGUGAACCUAGGGCUGAUUCCCAGCUCUGAGGAAGGCUGGCCAGUGGCCUGCCGUGUCCUGAAGAAGAGCACGGGUGGGGUUCUCCACAUCCACCACAAUGUGGAGAGUCUCCCUGUGCCAGCUUCAUCACAGACCCCAGUCCUGCAGGCUGAGCAGGGGUCUCCAGAGGCAGCCAACUGUGAUGGAGAGGUGCAAGACCCAAAGGAGGACCGUGGGAAGGAGACACUGGGUGCCAGGAUCAGACCUGAGUGGCAGACAUGGGCUGAAGCCACAGCAGCACGGAUCCAGGAGUUGCUUGUAGAGCUGCAUGGGCAGCUGUGGUGCACUAGCAUUCUGCACAUCGAGCCAGUGAAGUCCUAUGCACCCCAUGUGCAUCACCUUGUGCUGGACCUUGAGUGCCGGCCAAUGUUGUCCACCUAGCUGGCCACACGUCUGAGCAUGGCUCCAGGUAUCAGAGCAUCAGUGGCCAGGAGAUGCUACUGUUGCCUGCUGCCAGCCUGGAUGCACUUUUCAUCCCUUUGUUCCCAGGUGGCAGCAGUGCCCAGCAGUUGGAGAUCCCUUCAGGAGCCAUACCCUGGUUGAGAAUAAAGAGAACUGUGUCUGAGAGCAUCCCGAGUCCUGUCCUCAGCACUGCCUGUCACUGCCCAGAUCCUGAGCACAUGGUGAUACUUUCAGCCCCAUGUUCACACAGGAGAGAGCCAUGAGGCUGAGUAAACCUCAGAUUAUUGCCGGGCUCCCUUUCAACCAGUCAGGGACAGGCUUUGUGCUUUUUUAUUGUACUGGAAACAUCUGUUCAUCUCUGUUUCUUUUCCAGUUAAAAUAAAAACA